AUGGGAGCUUCCGCACGCCUCUGGGCCAGUCUUGCCUGCGCUGUUGCCCUCCUGGGCACUGGCAGCUAUGGAAGAUUCACCACUCGUGACGAUAUCCGUACCAAAUUGGCACCCGAGCUUUCUGAACACGCAGCUGUUUACUAUCCGGACUCGGACGUGUUUGAAGAUGCCACAGCACGAUGGUCUUACUACCACCCACCCAACUUCACCGUCGUUGUUGAGGUCGCCGUGGAGGAAGAUGUGGCCAAGACUAUUCGCUACGCUAACGCCGAGGGCCUUCCAUUCCUUGCUGUGAAUGAUGGGCAUGGUGCUAUCUCUUCUCUGGCGAACCUUAAUCACGGAAUUGAAAUCUGGCUGCACAAACUUAACUCUAUUAAGAUCGCGGAGGACGGCAAAACAGCCACGUUUGGGGGUGGCACAAAAUCAGUGACGCUGAUUAGAGAUCUCUUCCAACAAGGAAAGCAGACUGUUCACGGCGUAUGCGAGUGCGUCAGCUAUCUUGGACCAGCCCUGGGCGGCGGCCACGGUGCUCUGCAGGGGAAAUAUGGUAUGGCUGCUGAUCAGUUUGUAUCGCUGAACAUUGCUACGGCCGAUGGCCAGAUCAUAACGGUCUCCGAAAAAAGUGAUGAUCAGGACCUCUGGUGGGCUGUGCGAGGCGCGGGCCAUAACUUUGGAAUUGUUACAUCGGUCACUUCGAAGGUAUACGACGUCCCAGAUGGUGGUCUGUGGGCUUAUGAGCAGUUGGCAUUUACCAGCGACCAAGUUGAGGCGCUGUUUGAGCACUUCAAUGACCUCGCUGACAUCCAGCCGCCCGGCUUUUUCGUUUGGACAUACCUCCUGCGCAUUCCAGACUUGGACCCAAAAAAUCCUGUUUAUCUCGCCAACUUCGUGCGCGAGGGUGUCGAGGAAAUCGAGCCUGAACUUAUUCAACCUUUCCGUGACCUUGCCGCGACUCCCGCGGCAGUCAAGAAGCAUGGGCUCUAUACCGAUAUUCCUACAUGGAUCGAUACGGGUGUGAACUCGAGAGGCUGUGCGAAAGAAGGGAGCAAGGUGCGAUUCCCAAUUGGCUUCAAGCGAUUUGAUAUCCCAGCGCAGAGAGAAUACUUCGAUGCAUUUGCCGAGGGUACUGCGGGCGAUUCGCAGUUCAACACUUCCCUAACCCUCAUCGAGCAAUACUCAGCGCAAGGUGUCGAGGCCAUCCAUGAAGACUCAACGGCGUUCCCAAACCGAGAGGACUUCUUCUUAUUCGCGCCUACUAUCGCCUAUAGCUCCGACACCAAGGAGGUGGAGAACAAGGCCGUGGAGUUUGGAGACCAGUUGCGAGACAUCAUUCUCAAGGGAACGGGUUCUGAUAACCUGCAUUCGUACGUCAACUAUGCUGCUGGAAAUGAGGGACCUCGCGCCUGGUAUGGGUGGGAGCCAUGGAGACUGGAGAAAUUGCAGCAGCUGGAGGUUCCUCCUGCGGAGCCCGCCCAAGAACCGCCAAAAGUCGCCGUAACGCCGUGCGAGGGGCUGCCUGUUCGCUAUUACUUCGAAGGGGGCCUUCGUCGCGUAUAUCCAUACCACUAUACCUAUAACACCUACUGCAAGGAGCGAUGGCGCAACAGGGAGCUGAUAGAUAUUUUCACCACCGAGUUUCGCGACCGCGAGCCCGGCUACUACAGAAAAGCCCUUGAAAGCGGCAACGUCACGGUAAACGGCAAAUCCGCGGGUCCCAACACCGUCCUCAAAAACGGCGAAGUCGUCUCGCAUACCCUCCAUCGCCACGAACCCCCCGUCACAGGAAACGACGUCGGCAUAAUCGAAGAGACAGAUGAUUUGCUUGUCAUUGAUAAGCCCGCUGGCGUUCCCGUCCACUCGACAGGCCGGUACCAUUAUAACUCUGUCAUGGAGAUCAUAAGGCACAACUACGGCGGGAAGUUCGUUCCGCGGCCCUGUAACAGACUGGACCGGUUGACAUCCGGGGUUAUGUUUGUGGGGAAGACAGCGCAGGGCGCGGAUAGGAUGACUGUUAGUUUGAGGGAGCGCACCGUUCAGAAGGAGUAUGUUGCGCGCGUGAAGGGCAAGUUCCCGGAUGGGGUGCUUAUCGUGGACCAGCCGAUUAUGUCUAUAAGUCCGAAGGUUGGGCUGAACCGUGUUCGGGCGACUGGGAAGGAAGCGAAGACGAAGUUUCGACGGUUGGCGUAUUACCCUCCUGCACCACCUGCACCUCAAGCCUCAGCUGCGGAGGGUGAAGGUGAUGAGAAGGAAUCAGGUACAAGACCGGCGACGCCGCCGCCGUCCUACAUCAACGAAAGCGAGGGCUACAGCAUCGUCCACUGCCUCCCACUCACGGGCCGCACGCACCAAAUCCGCGUGCAUCUGCAGUUCCUCGGUCACCCGAUAAGUAACGACCCGAUCUACUCGAACCGGCGCGUCUUCGGUCCAGAGCUAGGGAAGAAUGAAUCGACCGCUGACCGGGACGACGAAAUAAUCGAUCGUUUAAUGGAGAUGGGUCGUACGGAGCUUCCGGAGACAGUAUCGUACCGCACACAUUUGACCACGCUGCCGGUUGUGCCGCCGGGGACGGACAGUUCGGUUGUGCAGGCGAUCAUGACGAAGGAGCAUGAAGCCGCGGUGGAAGCGUACCAGAAACGAAAGGGGGAGAGGCUCUCCGGGAAGACGUGUGAUGUCUGUGGGACAGAACUGUAUACUGACCCUGGUGUUCACGAGCUGGGUAUCUUCUUGCAUGCUGUAGCGUACUCGGAUGCCGGUGGCGAGUGGCAGUAUCGGAGCAAGAUGCCUAGGUGGGCUUUGCCGCCGGUAGGAAUGGAUGGGCCGCGGGAGGUUCCUGCGUGGGAGGAGGUAGAGGCGGACAAGGAGACUGUUGUUGGGCAGGGAAGUGUUCCUGAGCUCGGGGGUGAUGAGGAUGGAACUACGGCUCUGGUUGAGGGUGUUGGGUCUGUUGAUAUUUCGGCAGCCAGACAGGCACAAGAAAGUGCUGCUGCUGGUGCUGCUGGUGCUGGGAACGGGUUGUAG